CAGACUGUUCCAGGACUUGUGGCCUUGUUGCUCAACAAUCUAAGCGCGGCAGACAAACGGCAGCGGAGAAAGCGAACUAGUGAAAUCGCUGAUUGAUAAUUUCUUGGAUAAAUCAUUGCGUGAAAAUUAUGGAAAAUAAAAAGUUCGCCGUCUUGUGUACAGUUUCUUUGACGUUUUUGUUGAGUAUAGCUACGGUUUCAGCCUUCGUUGAAGAGCUCGAUGACACGUUUAAAGACACAAGAAUGUCUGAUGAGAUAUGGCUGAUACAAUUCUACGCUCCCUGGUGUACCUAUUGCAAGCAGCUGGACCCAGUGUGGUAUGAAAUCGGGGCUGAGCUGAAAAGUAUGGGGUCUCCAGUCAACGUGGGCAAGGUCGACGCCACAGCCCACACCAAUUUUGCAAAAGAGUUUCGAGUUGGAGGCUAUCCCGCUAUAAAGUUGUUGAAGGAUGACUUGAAAUACAACUACAGAGGUCCUAGAACCAAGGAUGGCAUAAUGGAGUUUGCAGACCGAGUAUCUGGACCUGUGGUGAGAGCACUGCCAAGUCAGCAGUUAUUUCAGAAUGUUAUGAGUAGACAUGACGUUCUCUUUGUCUACGUUGGUGGACCGUCCGACUUGAAGGAGAAGUACAUAUCUGUGGCCAAGGAACUGAUCGUGCAUACUUACUUCUUCUCUGCUGCAAGGAACAUUUUACCCAAGGCAGUUAUUCUCCAGGAAUACCCGGCUGUGGCAGUGUUCAAGGAUGGCACUUACUUCCUUUAUGAUGAACAACAUGAUGGGGACCUCGCAUCCUGGAUCAAUAGGGAACGAUUCCUUAAUUACCUCCAGAUUGACAGCUACACUUUGUAUGAAAUGGGAGAUACAAGCAAGCUGGUGGCUCUGGCUAUAGUGGAUGAGAGAAACCCUACUGAGGAGAGCAUCCGUUACAAGACCAUGGUGGAAAGAGUGGCCACUGAAUACAAGGACCUCUAUAGCAAAGAAUUCCAGUUUGGUCACAUGGACGGAAACGAGUACAUCAAUGGCCUCAUCAUGGAAGAACUGGCCAUGCCGUCUAUUAUCGUGCUCAACGUGUCUAACGAUGGAUAUUUCCUACCGCCCAACAAAGUGGAGACAAAGGAACAGCUGGUGAAGUUCAUCGAUGGAGUGUCCAAGGGCCGGAUUAAAUCCCAGGGAGGGAAUGGAUACUAUCAAUGCUUUAUAAGGAUUGUGUUCAACACCAAAACGACUGUUACAAAUAUAUUUACCAAUGCGCCGCUUUUGGGUGCCUUCCUCGUCGUUGUUUUCGGCGGCGGCGGAAGUGCCAUUUGUUACGGCCUAUGCAUGGCCUGGCGCUCAAUGAGAAACACAGAGGCGAUGAGAGACACAGAGGACGAGGAACCAAUCACUGGGGAGAGGGUGGAGCCAAAGCAGCUCAAAGGUCCUGGGGAAGACAAGAAGACUGAGACGAAAGCGAAGAAUCCGGCAGAGAAGAAGGCCGAUUAAGUAUGAAGUGGGUGGACGGCUGCCACUUCUGACCCUGAAUCACUUUUUGUUCAAUUGAAAUGCGCUCGUGGCCAUGUCUCCCUCAUAAAAUAUGUAUUCUGACCUUAAUAGGACUUCCUGGAUAAAUAAAGGUUAAAUAAAAAAUAAACCUCUACCCCUUAGCCCCCUCUUGUAGAUAUAAGAAAAUGGGAUAGGUUUAAGCAAUAUGGUAAUAACUUGAAUUUCCUUCCUAUAGACUGUGUGGUGUUUUCGCCAUAUUGUUUCAACGUACCCUAGGGAGGAGGUACUAGGGGUCAAUUGCCGAUUCAGGGUGAGUAGUUAUCCUGAGUAUGUUCAGCGAUACCGGAAUUUCUACGUCCUUGAUCAUUUAAGAAAUGAUUGGGGUUUUGUUGCGUCACUCCAAACUCUUUUAUUUAUUUGAUUUGGACUGUUUAUCAUAUAUAUUUUUAAUUAAAACAUUCAUUAAUGAAUUCAUGUCAAUUCAAUGUUGUAGAAGACAUUGAAUUGUAGGGCCUAUAUAAACCGGAAAUGUCUUCACAGUGGGUUACAGGAGACGUUUACAGUGAAAAUGUUCUAUUUUGUUCCACUGUGGUGUUAGUUUUUUAGCACCAUCAAUAAACCCAGCCAACAAUUCUAGGUAGAGAACAUUUUUGUAAUGUUACCUGUAAUGUUCUCCUGAUGUUUGUGUCCAGUGUUCUGUUAGUUAGGGGAACAUGUUCUCUUUAAACUAUCCCCAAACCCUGCUGUUUUUCAAUACGCUGUUUCUUAAUUUGGCACACAAAGCAAUUAUCUUCCCUCUUAAUACUGCCUUUGCCCCUUCCCACAAAAUAGACGAUGAUACGUCAUCAUUAUCACUUAUAGUAAUCUUGUAACUCUUGCUUUACAAUAUGGACUGUCAAUAUGGAGACAUUAGGCCUCCAAUAUUGAAAGUGCUUCUCCAUUCCUAGAUUUAUCUUGAGACACAUUGUACUGUGGUCCGAUAUAGUUAUAGGUUAAAUGCUAUAUUUCUCUACUAUAUGUAAAUACUGCUUGGAUAUACAAAAUAAGUCUAUUCUGGAUUAGCUGUCAUGAACUUUAGAAAAUCAUUCUGGGAUUCUUAAAAUGCCAAGUAUCAAUAAGCCCUAGUUAGAUUUUUUUUAAUAUGCAGGCAGUCGGUCAAGCUUGUAAUUCUGUAUGCAUUUAAAGUCCCCACAAACAAUUACCAUCCUUUUUGCAUUGUCUGCUAUUACAGUUGCGAUAUCUGUAAAGAACUCUGGGUUGUCUUCAUUUGGUGCAUACAGGCUCAGAAUAUUAAUGUCUGUGCCACCUACUGACCUCACAUAUUUACCCUGAUCAUCCCUCAAGCACACCGAUCUAUUAAACAAGAUAGCAACCCCUCUUUUUUCCCCAUCUUGAAUUAUUCUCUGCCAAAUGUGUCUCUUGGACCUGUGCUACUGAACAAUGCAUUUUCAUAACUUCAUUAGGGUAGGGGGCAGCAUUCGUAAUUUUGGAUGAAAAGCGUGCCCAAAUAAACUGCCUGCUACUCAGGCCCAGAAGCUAGGAUAUGCAUAAAAUUUGUGGAUUUGGAUAGAAAACACUCUAAAGUUUCCAAAACUGUUAAAAUAAUGUAUGUGAGUAUAACAGAACUGAUAUGGCAGGUGAAAACCUGAGGAAAAUCUAACCAGGAAGUACUAUUAUUUUGAAAGGCUGUUUUUCCAUUGAAAGCCUAUCGACCAUACAAAGACUUAGGACCCAGUUCACAAUCUCUAUGGCUUCCUCUACACGUGGCCAGUCUUUAUGAAUUGUUUCAGGCUUUUACUAUGAAAAAUGAGGGAGAUACAGCACUUUCAAUGAGAGGCCAGUGGAAAUUUCCAGCCAUGAGUCUUGCGCCUGAUCGGGAACGCGCCUUUCUUGUUUCUCCUUUUCUAUUGACGAAGCUUUUGUCCGGUUGAAAUAUUAUUGAUUAUUCAUGACAAAAACAACCUGAGGGUUGAUUUUAAACAUCGUUUGACAUGUUUCUACUAACUUUUAUUGUACUUUUUUGACUUUUGGUCUUGAUGUUGAGUGCGCAUUGUGCCUUUGGAUUUCUGAACUAAACGCACCAACAAAAUGAAGGUUUUUGGACAUAAAGAGGUACAAUAUCAAACAAAACUAACAUUUAUUGUCUAACAUGGGAGUGCCACCAGAUGAAGAUCAUCAAAGGUAAGUGAUUCAUUUUAACGCUAUUUCUGACUUUUGUGACACCUCUCCUUGGUUGGAAAAUGGCUGUAUGGUUUUUGUGGCUAGGCGCUGACCUAACAUAAUCGUGUCGUGUGCUUUCACCGUAAAGCCUUUUUUGAAAUCUGACGAGGCGGUUGCAUUAAGGAAAAGUUGAUUUUUAAAUGUAUGUUAAACACUUGUAUCUUUUAUGAUACGUUUAUGAUGACUAUUUCUGUAAUUUGGUGUGGCUCUCUGCAUUUUCACCGGAUGUUUGAGACAAUGAUUACUGUACAUAACGUGCAUAUUUCAACUGAGAGUUUUGGACAUAAAGAUGAAGUUUAUCGAACAAAACACACAUUUAUUGUGUAACAUAAAGUCCUGUGAGUGCCAUCUGAUGAAGAUCAUCAAAGGUUAGUGAUUAAUUUAUUCGCUAUUUCUGCCUUCCUCGCCGAAAACAAGGGGCGCAUUGGCGGCAGGGUAGCCUAGUGGUUAGAGCGUUGGACUGGUAACCGGAAGGUUGCAAGUUCAAAUCCCCGAGCUGACAAGGUACAAAUCUGUCGUUCUGCCCCUGAACAGGCAGUUAACCCACUGUUCCUAGGCCGUCAUUGAAAAUAAGAAUUUGUUCUUAACUGACUUGCCUAGUUAAAUAAAGGUAAAAAAAAUAAAAAAUAAAAAUAUUUGCAUGAUUUAGCUUAUUCAUCAUUCAUAAUUAAUUAACGUUUGCUUCAUUCAUGUGACCGACUGAUACUGGUUCAUGCAUGUGGCAGACCAAUACCUCACAAGGCUUCUUCUUUCCAAGCUGAGACCUUGAAACUGAGAUAUCGUUCUCAAAACAAGGGUCUGGGCCUACUGCCAAAUUGAAGAUAAUACAGUGAGAAUUUCUCACAGGAGUUCAAUCAGUCACUUGCAUGAACACAGAAAUUGGUUUUUAGAAAAACACAAACAGGACACAGAAAUUAGUUAGAAAAGUACAAACAUAAAAAUGUCCAUCACAAUCCAUCCUCUUAUCACUUGUGUGAUAAUAAUCAUUACAUUUUAAUGUAAGCAUUUCGAUUUUAGCUUCUAUUCUAUAUUUAUAUUAAAGUAAGGGAAAUCAACACAUAAAACCGGACACUUCAUCUUUUCAAACCUUCAUUCUGGGUUAUACAAUCUAAUUAGUAUGAUACUACUAUAAUGCAUUUAUCAACAAUACACACACAUACACAACAUGUUAAAUAACACAAUUUAGACCAACUAAGAAAGAAAUACAUGCUGCAGCUCAUGUGGCAAUUUGGGAUCCCCAACUUCCAAACAGGGGUUCCAACCAAGUUGCAGGAGUCCACUCUGGUUGUGGGGAAUUAUUCUUAGCGAGACCAGUCAUAUUAGAAGAGUGAUCAGGGACAAAAGUACAACAUUCAUCACCAAUGAUUGCACAAGUCCCCCCUUGACCUGCCAAAAGAUAGUCAAGAACCUCUGUUUUGCAGAGCCAAUUUACGCAAUUCUUUUAGCAUUUCCAAUUAUCUUCACGUCUUUCGAGAUCUCCCGAAUUUGGUCUAGGACAGAUGCAUAUUGACUUUAAUAGGUAAGAGAGAGAACGCAUGUAACAACAGUUUCACACCAACCUUGAUAUGAAUGAGACUGGGGCAAGGCUAGUCCAAGCUACAAUUUAGUGGCUCUCCUCACAUUUUAGGAAGCCUCGUCUUUCCAAAUCUUUUAGCACUGUUCAUAAAUUAUCCAACCCAAAUUUAGAAUGACAGUCCUUAGUGCCUCACAUUGGUUCAAUCACUUUAAUUUAAGACCCUCAACUUAGCACACACCAAUAUUGGCAGAAUUUACAUUGACAUACAGUAUAUUCAUCUAGAUGCAUGGAAGGGAUCAUUUUACCAAGAACAGGUUCACACUGUUCUUGCACAAAGGAUCUCCCAUUAUAGUGAAUGGAACAAUUGCAAUCUUCGUGGUGAAUCGGGGAAGACAAUCAUGGUACCAAUAAUUGCUGCCAAUACACCAGAUGUACACUACUGGUCAAACUACUCAUUCAAGGUUUUUUCUUUAAUUUGACUAUUUUCUACAUUGUAGACAUCAAAACUAUGACAUCAAAACCAGCUUCACCUGGAAUGUUUUUCCAACAGUUUUGAUGGAGUUCCCACAUAUGCUAAGCACUUGUUGACUGCUUUUCCUUCACUCUGCGGUCCAAGUGAAGUGUAGGCAUUACACAGUGUAGGCAUUACAAAUGCCAAAAAGGCAUUUAGAGUGGCAGCAUGUGGCGGACGCUGUGAAUGCUGCUGGCUCAGAAGGUCGGACCCAAUCAGAAAUAAAAAAGAAGUGGUCUGACAUAAAAGUGGAGGCCGAAAGGAGCAUAGCCUUACACAGACAAAGUGUUUGUGCCACGGGCAGGGGAAAAGGGACACUGGAGCUCAACCCCCUUGAUGAGCGACUUUCCAGUAUUUUGGGGGAAUACCUCCUGAGUGGAGUAGUGACGGAGGUGGAGGGGGACACGGACAUACAAGACGCACCGGAUGAUCCAGGUAUGUAAUUAGUAUUCCCUCAUUUGAAAACAGUAAACCACAAAUUCAAGUUGUUUAAAACAUUUAUUUACACAAACAAUUGUGACAUUUUCUAUUGUUUCUACUGUAGUCACUGCGUGUUCCAGCGAGGUCGGUGGGGCUGCAGCUGAGCAGGCGCUGAGUGCACCCAGCCACGGUGUCUCCACUGCACCUUGUGCGUCACAACUCUCCAGCGGCCGUGUCCUCACAGAUGCAAAGAGACACCAUUGACGCUAUUAACGAGGUUGCCAAGGAGUUGAUGUGGAACAGGCACGGCUUGGUUUCUGCGGGGGCUUCUCUGUAACGCUGGGCCCACUACAGCAUGGAGAUCCAGGAGAACAGCUCUUGGUAAUUGGAACCGGUUCAUAAGCCACUUAUCAUCAUUGGGCAGUAAAUCUUGCUGGUCUCUGAAAAUUCGCUCACUCUGAAUGCUUCCAUUCGCCAAAUCUUCCAACAGUGUCAAAGCAGCCAUUGUGCGUCAUUACGCAUUGUAAUUGCAUACCUUUUUAUACCCACCCAUUUGAUUGUCAAAGCUACUCAAUUGCGUAACACCUUCAGGUGACACUGACAGUGACAGUGCCAUUAUCACAUUGACAGUUCUGCUCAACGAGCAGUGUGAAACUAUGCACUCGUAUCUGCCUGACUGAGGCAUCAAAAACGGCAUCAGUUUAAACAUAAUUUGUCCUACUGUUCACCUUAUUAUUUAUGAGAAUACAUUUCAUAACAUGCAAUUGUUUAAUAAUUACAGAUCCAAUUAAAUAUGAUUCCCGAUUAAACUGUGCAACAUAUUUGAGGGGUUCUUUUGCAAUUUUUUUCAUCCUAAAUCAUGUUUUUUGUGUGCACUCUAGGGAACUCUAUAUAUAAUACGCAGGAGGUAAUAUUUUGAUUUAUUUUACACAAUGACAUCAAUUUCAAAGGGUUUCUCGAGUUUCAUCCUUCUGCCAUCGGAGUCGCAGUUUCUCAUUUCUCCAGUUUCUGUGCGUAAGUCUGGGUCAAAGUGUCCGUGGAGGACCGCACAUUCUCCCGUCAAGUUAGUUUUUUAUAAAUCCCAAACUUAGAAAGUGGUGGUGCCUACACAACAUUUAUAAAUGAGCCCCCAGGUCUUCUGAUGCAGCACACCAUCACUCUCAUUCUUGGUAAAAUAGUUCUUACACAGCCUGGAUGUGUGUUGGGUCAUUGUCUUGUUGAAAAACGAAUUAUAUUCCCACUAAGCCCAAACCAGAUGGGAUGGCGUCUCGCUGCAGAAUGCUGUGCUAGCCAUGCUGGUUAAGUGUGCCUUGAAUUCAAAAUAAAUCACUGACAGUGUCACCGGCAAAGCACCCCCGCACCAUCACACCUCCUCCAUUGUUUACGGUGGGAAAUACACAUGCGGAGAUCGUCCGUUUACACACACCAUGUCUCACAAAGACACAGCGGUUGGAACCAAAAAUAUCCAAUUUGGACUCCAGACCAAAGGACACAUUUCCACUGGUCUAAUGUCCAUUGCUUGUGUUUCUUGGCCCAAGCAAGUCUCUUCUUAUUAUUGGUGUCCUUUAGUAGUGGUUUCUUUGCAGCUAUUGGACCAUGAAGGUCUGCUUCAGGCAGUCUCCUCUGAACAGUUGAUGUUGCAAUGUGUCUGUUACUUGAACUCUGUGAAGCAUUUAUUUUGGCUGCAAUUUCUGAGGCUGGUAACUCUAAUGAACGUGUCCUUUGCAGCAGAGGUAACGCUGGGUCUUCUAUUCCUGUGGCGGUCCUCAUGAGAGCCAGUUUUAUCAUAGUGCUUGAUGGUUUUUGCGACUGCACUUGAAGAAACGUUGAAAGUUCUUGAACUUUUCCAUAUUGACUGACCUUCAUGUCUUAAAGUAAUGAUGGACUGUCGUUUCUCUUUGCUUAUUUGAUCUGUUCUUGCCAUAAUAUGGACUUUGGUCUUUUACCAAAUAGGGCUACCUUCUGUAUACCACCCAUACCUUGUCACAACACAACUGAUUGGCUCAAAUGCAAUAAGAAGGAAAUAAAUUCCACAAAUUAACUUUUAAGACGGCACGCCAGUUAAUUGAAAUGCAUUCCAGGUGACUACCUCAUGAAGCUGGUUGAGAGAAUGCCAAGAGUGUUCAAAGCUAUCAUCAAGGCAAAGGGUGGCUAUUUGAAGAAUCUCAAAUAUAAAAUAUAUUUUGAUUUGUUUAACACUUUUUUGGUUACUACAUGAGUAGGUGUUCUAAAACUUUUGACCAAUAGUGUAUGUUUAUACCCGUUUUGUUCCGUUUACUUCCGUUUAAGAAACUGAAAGUGAAAAAAAAAUGAUAAACACUGUCUAUUUCUCUGUUGCUUCUCCUUCAUUUCAGAAUAAAUUAAUUUGUUCAGAACUGUUCAA